CCAUGGAGCAGCUGCUGCGUGCGGAGCUGCGCACCAAGACCCUGCGGGCCUUUGGCAGCCCAGGCGGUGGCUACAUCAGCGAAGGCCGGGCCUACGACACCGACGCGGGCCCGGUGUUCGUCAAGGUCAAUCGCAGGACGCAGGCCCGGCAGAUGUUCGAGGGGGAGGCGGCCAGCCUGGAGGCCCUGCGCGGCACAGGACUGGUGCGAGCACCGCGGCCACUGAAGGUGAUUGACCUACCGGGCGGCGGAGCCGCCUUUGUGAUGGAACAUUUGAAGAUGAAGAGCUUGAGCAGUCAGGCAUCAAAACUUGGAGACCAGAUGGCAGAUUUGCACCUUUAUAACCAGAGGCUCAGGGAAAAGUUGAAGGAGAAAGAGAACACAGUGGGCCAGGGGGCUGAGGAUGCUGAGCCCCAGUAUGUGAGCAAAUUCGGCUUCCACACCGUGACCUGCUGUGGCUUCUUCCCACAGGUGAAUGAAUGGCAGGAGGACUGGCCAACCUUUUUCACCCGGCAGCGGCUGCAGGCACAGUUGGACCUCAUUGAGAAGGACUAUGGUGACCGAGAAGCACGAGAGCUCUGGUCCAGGCUGCAGGUGAAGAUCCCGGACCUGUUUCGGGGCUUAGAGAUCGUCCCCGCCCUGCUGCACGGGGACCUCUGGGCGGGGAACGUGGCAGAGGACAACGCGGGGCCCAUAGUGUACGACCCAGCUUCCUUCUACGGCCACUCCGAGUUUGAGCUGGCGAUUGCCCUGAUGUUCGGGGGCUUCCCCAGGCCCUUCUUCACCGCCUACCACCGCAAACUGCCCCGCGCGCCGGGCUUCGAUCGCCGGCUGCUGCUCUACCAGCUGUUCAACUACCUGAACCACUGGAACCACUUCGGGCCAGAGUACCGCGGCCCGUCGCUGGGCACCCUGCAGCGGCUGCUCAAGUAGCAGGGCCCGCCAGCGCCUCCGGCCCGGCCCCCACCAGCCCCGCUCCUGCCUCCUCGCCUUUUCGCCCGCCGGCCUCCCACCUUUCAGCCCUUCAACCACCCAUCAGCCCCUCCACAGCCCUCCCUACCCAUCAGCCUC